UCACUCACUCUCGUGUCUUGAAUCUUCUUUCUCCUUGUGUGUGUUCGUGGCACCCUCUCGCGCCUUCUGCAACUUCGUUAACCUGUAUUAAUUGAAUGCAACACGAAGCAACGUUGAUAGAUUUUAUUGUACUGAUAACUGAAAAUGGGUGAAGCUGCUGAAGCUACCACUCUCUAUCAUCAUCAUCAUCGUAAUCGUAAUCAUGAGAGUGAGUACGAUCGCAAUCAACGACUUGAAGUUGACCUAUACCCUUUGAGCAGUUACUACUUUGGCGCCAAACACUCUAUUCCUUUCAAGGAUGAAACCCUAGCUGAUCGCUUUUCCAGGAUGAAAUCCAACUAUGCUGCUCGUGGAAUUCGUAAAUGCGUGGAAGCUGUCAUUCUGGUUGAGUUGUUCAAACAUCCACAUUUGCUGCUGUUGCAAGUCAAGAAUUCCAUCUUUAAACUACCUGGUGGUCGCUUAAGACCAGGUGAAUCAGAUAUUGAUGGAUUGAGGCGUAAGCUGGUAAGGAAGCUAUCUGUUAAUGAAGAUGACAAUGGGACUGAAUGGGAGGUGGGUGAGUGCCUUGGAAUGUGGUGGAGAGCUGAAUUCGAAACAUUAUUGUAUCCCUACCUGCCACCUAAUGUGAGAUCACCUAAGGAGUGUACGAAACUUUUUCUUGUGAAGCUGCCGGAGAGUCGAAAAUUCAUUGUGCCAAAGAACCUAAAGUUGCUUGCAGUUCCAUUGUGCCAAAUUCAUGAAAAUCAAAAGAGAUAUGGGCAAGUGAUAUCAGCGGUCCCUCAGCUGCUUUCAAAGUUCUCCUUCAACAUGAUUGAAUCUUAAGUCAUUGACAUGAUGCAACCUUCGGUAGCUGAACAUGGCCUUGACGACUUGUACACACACACACACACACACACACACACACACACACACACACACACACACACACACACACACACACACACACACACACACACACACACACACACACACACACACACACACACACACACACACACACACACACACACACACACACACACACACACACACAUAUAUAUAUAUAGAGAGAGAGAGAGAGAGAGAGUAUACAAGAGUGAUAGUGAUGAUGAAAACUUGAAAUCAGAAAUGUGCAUGUUAUUUCAAUGGUUGGUUUGAAAAUUUUCCAUUGAGUACUUACCCCUUCCUUUUCUUUUGGGGCUUUUUUGUUGUUUUUUUCUUUUUCAAUAAUACACGUACAUACCCCCUCAUACACGCACAUGAUUUUUAGCCUUUGCUUCAUGGGAGUUGUCUGUAAGUGUGAAAUACUCCGAAUGAGUGAUUCAUUCAGCUACACUCCUCUUACUCACUCACUCUCAUUCUCUCUUCUUCUCAAAUCAUGACGAGACAAAUAUUUGCCAGACAUUCCUUUGAUUUCAACCACAACCGGGCCUAAGUUUUUUGUAAUGUGAACUUGUGAAAAAAACAGUUAAAUCUUUCAGUAGCUACUA